ACAUCUCUCUCUCUAUAUAUAGCUCUCAAAUUGGAUCGCAGCUCUUCACAACCAAAAGCACUACUAUACUACUCUUCUAUUCUUCAUUUCCCAAAUCACUCUCUUUGCUCUUUGUUGUUUGCUCUUUCAUUCCCUUUGCUUUUCAAUGGCCACUGUUGAGGUUACAAGCGUGGUGACAGCAUUGCCUGAAAAUGAAACAACAGAGGUGAGCAAGACCCAAGAGACUCAGCCAGAGGAAACCGUGGUUGCUCCAGCAGCCCCAGUCCCAGAGGCAGAGCCAGUGGCUGCUGAAGAACCAAAGGAGGAGGUUGCAGCAGCAACAGAAGAAGCACCAGCAGCAGUCCUGCCGGAGGUUGAAGUCGAGAGCAAGGAAGUUGUUGAGGAACCUGAAGUUGCUGCUGAAGAGCCAGUGGUGGUGGUUGAGGAGGAGAAACCAGCAGAAGAAGUGGUUCCAGAGGUGAAGCAAGAAGAGGCUGCCGUUGUUGCUGAAGAAGAGGCCAAAGAAGAAACUGCUACCAAUGUACCAGCACCGGUAUCGGUCCCAGCUGCUGAAGAAGAGAAAGCAAGUGAAGCAGUAGUUGAGGAGAAAACAGAAGUUCCAGCAGUUGACAAGGCUGAGGAAUAGAAUAUGAUGUGGUUCUGCAAUAGUGGGGGUGUUCUAGGGGCUUGCAUGUUAAGUUGCUUUUUUCUUUUUUUAUUUGAAGUUUUUAAUUUCAUUUAGUUGUUUUUUUCUUCUUUUUUUUAUUUUCAAUUUUAAAAAUUAUAACUAUUGUGAUGGUUUUUGGGAGCUAAAAUUAUUAAUAUUUGAUUAUCACUUGUGUGCAUGUCAACAUACUUGGAGGAGUGAAGGGUAGAACAUGGAUUUUAGUUCCAAGA